AUGAAGAUCGAGUUUGCUCCACUUUCUGUGCCACUGCAGAGGAGGCUUCAGACGGCAUCGGUGGUUCAAUGGGUCUUCAGCUUCCUAAGUCUAGCACAGUGCUGCACCGUUGCCUUCAUCGCCCUCUUCUUCACGCGUUUUUGGCUGGUCAGUGCCCUCUACGCUGCAUGGUGGUUCAUAGACAGGGAAAAACCCAGCAAGGGCGGGAGGCGGAUCCACACCGUCCGGAACAGCGUCGUCUGGAGGUACAUGAGGGACUAUUUCCCCAUCACGCUGGUGAAGACGGCAGAGCUGGACCCUAGGCAGAACUACCUGGUGGGGUUUCAUCCCCACGGGAUCCUGGCAGCAGGAGCCUUCAUCAAUUUCUGCACAGAGGGAUCGGGAUUCUCCACGCUCUUGCCAGGCAUCCCCCCACCCCUGAUGAUGCUCUCCCUGUGGUUUCGUGUCCCCUUCUUGAGGGACUGCCUGAUGAGCGCAGGCCUUGUCUCCUCCGACAAGGAGAGCGCAUCCUACGUGCUGCAGAAGCUGGAGGGUGGGAACAUGCUGGCCAUCAUCAUCGGUGGGGCGCAGGAGGCGCUGGAUGCCCGGCCGGGAUCCUGCACCUUGCUGCUGAAGAAUAGGAAGGGAUUUGUCCGCCUGGCCAUCGAGCACGGCACCCCUCUGGUUCCCAUCUUUUCCUUUGGGGAGAACGACCUCUUCGAGCAGGUGAGAAACCCCAAGGGCUCCUGGCUGCGGCAGCUCCAGCACCGGCUCCAGCAGAUCAUGGGCAUCUCCCUUCCCAUCUUCUACGCGCGAGGCAUCUUCCAGUACAGUUUCGGGCUGGUACCCUACCGGCGGCCCAUCUGCACCGUGGUUGGGAAGCCAAUUCCAGUGCAGAGGAAGCACAGACCCUCUGAGGAAGAGGUUGAUCAAGUCCAUCAGCAAUACCUAAAUGAAUUGUGCAAGCUCUUUGAGGAGCACAAAGCUAAAUAUAACAUCCCAGAAGACAGACACCUGGAAUUUAUAUAG